GUCUUGGACUUCUCGAUACUUACUCUGGCGGCAUCUUCUCCUGAAGCUGUGCAGACGGCUUGCGGCGUAACAAUACACUUCGACACGAUAGUCGGAUUGACUGACUUAACGCUUCAAAGCGGCGGGUGUCGACAACCAUACGAUCGUACUGCGCGGUCCCCCCGAGCCGUAGCACCUUACCAAUUUGACUGACAGGAUAGGAGCGAGAUAUAUCCGCUUUACGUCCCUCAUUGCAUCGAGUACAUCAUGAACUUCGUGUGUCAACAAUGCAAGCAGCCUCUUCAGCUUGAUGAAUCGCUGGUCAACCUCACGCCUUCCGCCUAUGACAUGGUGGUCGCGUCAUCCCCCAGCCCACCAUCAUACAGCCGCCAGACAGCAGAUUCCGAGAAGCUCGCGCAACUCCCUGCGCCUGCAUCCGUCAAAGCAGCAUGGCAGCGUGCAGCGCAGAGCCGUCCCGCAUCCCCCUCCUCCCCGUCACCUCGCGCGCAGAAACGGCAGCCGCCACGCGCACCGCCGCACCCCAAUGAGUCCUUUGUGCUACUGCAAGACAGCGUCGUUCGCAAUAUCCCCUCGCCCCUUCCCACGACCGCCCCAUCGUCCGCGAAGAGACUGUCCUAUCCGCGCACCGCCGCAAAUGAGCCUGUACCUGAAGAAGUCCACCAUCCGAAUCCCUCGCCGCUUUCACACCACCUGCGGUCCACGCUCCGGCUGUUCAAUCUCCUGUCGAGCAGGACGGACCUAGAUCAUCCUCUGUGCGCGGAGUGCACGAACAUCCUGCUUACUACGCUCACGCGUCAGCUCGAGGAGACCAAGAAGGAACGAGAUGGCUACAUAGCAUUCGAGAAAGAUGUGAGGAGGGAGAGGGAUCGUGAAGGCGAUGGUAUGAGCAAGGAGGAAGCGGAUGUGAAGAUCGAAAAGCUGAAGGAAGAGGAGAAACUUGCCAUUGAGAAGAUGCGGGAGGCCGAACGAGAACGCGAUCAGCUGGCUGUGGAACUCAGGGCGCUUGAGCUGGAAGAGAAGGCUUUGGAAGAAGAGGAGGCAGAGUUCUGGCGUGUGCACAACGCACAUCUCCUGAAAUCCGCAGAGCAAGCAUCGCAGCUCGCAGCGCUCCGUGCAGCAUAUGCAGCUGAUUCUGCGACGCUGGAGAAGCUCGAACGCACGAAUGUCUACAAUGAUGCGUUCUGCAUAGGCCAUGAGGGUGUCUUUGGUACGAUCAAUGGUCUGCGGCUCGGUAGGGUACCGGGUGUCCCUGUCGAGUGGGCGGAAAUCAAUGCUGCAUGGGGGCAGACAUUGCUCUUGCUCUAUACGAUUGCUCGGAAGCUCGACUUCACGUUCGAGAACUACCGCCUGGUACCUAUGGGAUCGUUCUCUCGGAUAGAAAGGACAACAGGAGACAAAGCCGUCUACGAGUUGUAUGGGUCUGGUGACCUGCAUCUUGGUCGUCUGCUGCACAACCGCCGGUUUGACUUUGCGAUGGUCGCUUUCCUGGACUGUCUAAAGCAAUUGAUUGACUAUGUCAAGUCGCAGGAUCAACAGGUCGAGUUUCCUCAUCAGAUCGUGAAAGACAAGAUCGGAGAAGCUUCUGUCAAGCUGCAGUUCAGUCAGGAAGAGGCAUGGACACGUGCACUGCGCCAUGUUCUGCUGGCCUUGAAGAUAUUGCUGAAAUGGACAACGAAUGGCAGCAACGGUUGAAUGGCUUGUCGACUGCCCUGUCCUCACGAAUCGCUGGCCGUUUCGGCUAAUCGCUCAGCAUCUUCGCGACCCACGACGUCAGAACGUCUAUGCUCAUGUGCCCUGCGGUGCCGAUGGCGAGAUACCGGCCAUCCACACUGGAUGUCCCUUGUACUAUCCGGCUCGUCGAAGUCGCAUUAGAUGGUAGUCUGUAUACGAGAUCGCGGCUCGAUAGUGGAACUCACGCAUCUCGUAGCCAAUCUGCAACAUGAUCGACCCGUAGAUUCUUCUCUGCCCUGCUCCGCGACGCUGCAGGGCCUCCGCUGGCUGCUCGCGCCUGUGGUCGAUGACCGGAUGAGACUUACACAGAGACAUGACCGAGG